CACAGUGGAUUUAUGCAACAGCAUUCGGCAUUGCCGACGUAAAAGCUGAAGUAAAUUUACUUUGUACGUCGGCAUUUGGACGUCAGGAAUUCACCAAAACAUUUUCUGUAUUUCCAGUGACACGAAUUUUAACUCUUUUGGACCUCACCUGACGCAAAAAGUAGAAAAUUUUGAAAGGUUUGGUCACUCGACUCAACUAAUGAUCGUACUAUUCGUCGAACUUUUAUCUCUUUUCGACCGUAGAGUUGAAUAAAUUCCUUCCAAGAUGGUGAAAAAAGAUACAGUGGAAAGAUGGGGAAUUGAUUGUAUUAAAUUCGUUCUCGCGGAUGACGGGACGUCAGUUAAAAUGGUUUACUGCAGCGUGUGUAGGGAGUUCUACCGAGAGAGAGAGGGCGGUAUGCGGAUGGUCCAUGGUCUUAAAGGUGCAGUAUCCAGUCUUGCCGACAAGUGGGUUUUGGGUACAGAAGUAAUAAAGAAAAGCAAUGCUGUUGACCACGUGACUAAAUCGUCUGUACAUAGGGUUGCAGCAGCUGCACAAGGUGAAAGUUGUGUCAGUGUUAGACGUAGAAAGCCUGCAAAAACUAAAAGUUCUAUCUGUGUCUUGGAACAGCACACUGUGGUUCCAGAGAGCAUUAUCAAUGAAAUACCCCAAAUAACAACCGAACAGCGUGAACAACUGGUAAAAACAUUCCAAUUACUGCACUAUCUUGUAACACAGGGAAAAUCAUUUGAAGAUUUCAAACAUUUUGCAAAAUUUGAAGUGGAUGUGCAUAAAGUCGAUCUUGGAUCAGAAUACCUGACCAAACGAGCAGCUCGGAAUAUGUGUCGCUUCCUCACACAAAAAAUUAAACAGGAUGAAAUUACUAAUCCCCUGAACAGUGCCAAGAGCCAUUAUUUUUCUCUGAUGUCUGAUAGAUGCACAUGCACGGAAUCAAUGGAGAUAAAAGAAGUGUUUGUCAUAAAGACGUGUAAUGCAGGAAAACCUUCUUUUCAGGUAAUGUCGAUUGAAGAUGUUGAUAACACCAAUGUUCAUUGUUUAAAAAAAGCCCUUGAACAAAGCGUGGGAAAACAGAACUUUUUAUUCGAGCGUAGAUUUCAUCAGAUUGGAAAUGGCAGCGAUGGAGUUGGUGUCAGUGAUGAACUGUUUAGCCUUGAACAAGAAGAUGUUGGUGAUCAUUUAGUCAAAGGAUGGUGUGCUAACCACAAGGUGGAAGUUGGAGUCCAUGAUUCAUUCAAACAUGGAGAGCUGAACAAAGCCAGUGAAAACUUGGUAGAUAACAUAUUUCACCUGUUUAACAGAUCUCAUUUAAAGUGGAGACUUUUUAAAUUUCAAGCAAAGGACAUGGAUGUAAAACCUUUGAAAUACAAGAGAGCAUCUGGGACUCUGUGGGUUGCAAAUCAAGUUGAUUCUCUCAACAGUUAUUUAAGCAAUUUGCCAAUUCUUCUUGCAUUCCUGCACCAACAGAUUCAGUCUCCUUACAACAGUAGGAUAAAAGAUGCAAAGCCUGUGUUGGAAGGUCAUCUUAAAGCCACGUUGUGGUUAGAGCUGCUUCUGUACAUGGCAGUUAAACACGAUCUGUUGGUCUAUCUUUCGCCCUUCACUCAACUCGUGGAAAAAAACCUGCUGCUUGCACCCGAGACCUUGAGUUCCAUGAAGAGUGCUAUGCAAGUUAUCUCGAGAAUCAAACACAUUUUGGAUGAAGAGGGCAGUGCUGGCUUUUACACUGACGGGCUGUUCCCAACACUUGCUAGUCUAAUUUUACCUCACUUGGAGACCAUGAAGCACAGUUCUACAAGAUCUGAUGAGAAGACUCCCACUGCGGAGCUUCAUACCUUCCAUGGUUUCAAGAUGACCACUGGCUUAGAAACAGCAUUCAGCAUGGUGUACCAGGAGAUCCAGGAAGUACUGGGAUACAUGGAGGUCAACCUGAAUGUCAAAUUUUCCGACUUCCUCAAUAACCCAGUUUACCAUGCUGCAGCGGUCUUCUUGGAUACAAAAAGCUACCAGUAUAAUUCUGCCGACGUGAUAGUUGAGAGUGCCCUGAUGGUGCACCAGCACUUUUCUUCGGUCCUUAGUGCCAACUUCUGCGAGUUCAGAAAACUGCGUCAGGAGUUUGGCUUCCUCUAUAAUCACGUAACCACAUUCCUGUCUAGAUCUACAAACGAGCAGGCCUGGCAACAGCUUUUUGCAUCGCAGUCUUCACUGUCGAUAACAAAUAUACUGCACAUAGCGGAGAUAUGCAUUGUCUUGCCAGUAAGCAGCUCUGAUUUGCAGAGGAUCUUCGGCAGAUUCUCAAGAAUAGUCAGCAGAAGUAGUCUUCCACUGAAAAAUGAAAGCAUUGAAAAUGAACUCAUUGUGGGAUUGAAUGACUUUGACAAUUUUCACCCUGGUAGAUAUGAUGCCAUCAUUGAUGAGUUUCUGAGGCAUCAUCAAGGAGGAAUAAACACAAAGUCUGCUCAUCCACCUGGUCAUGUGAAGAGUGAACAUCCAUUUAAACGAAAAAGACAUUCACAGUCCGAUUCAGAGUUGAGUCUGAAGAAGAACCAUCUCUUUCUUCCAAGUGAAAUUAAGACAGAAAUGCAGCCAGAAAUGGAGCUUUCUGCGUCAGUCACAGAUACACCGUAUGUUGAGCAGUCCAGGAUUUCAUACACCCAAGACACGGUUGACAACUUUGAACCAAGUACAGACGACAGCUCCUUUGAUUCAACAGACUUCUCUUCAGCCUCUGAGGAUAAUAUGUGAUCCUAAUGUAUUAUAAUGUGGAUAUAAGCAUUUAAAAUCUCGAGUCUAACCGUAAGACUACAAAAACUACAUUCAGUUUAUAUAGUGAUAAAUACUCUUCAUCUUUAGCCAGGCUCAGUACUAAGAAAUUUUGAAGAGCUGAUUUGUCAUUCAUAAGAUACAAACAGCACCUUUCAGACUUUGAUUUUAUAACUUUCAGACUUUGAUUUUAUAAUUUAAACUUUGUUCAAAACCAUGAAGAACACAAAUAUAACUUUUUUGUCCUGUAACAAAAAUAGCCUUUAAACUGUCAUUCAGAUCACUGCCAUUUUGUUUUGUACUUGAAGAUGCUAGAAAACUGUUUGAAGCAACCACCCCAAAACAUUUAAUUUGUACUGCCUUCAACCAACACACAACACUUCAGACCCUGAACUUUUAAAGUCUAGACUUAAGGCUUUAUGGUCAUGGGAUGCCUACAAAUUUUACGAGUGUGACAUUAUUAAAGAUGUGUCUCAACUCUUAAAGUUUUAUAAGCACAGACCCAAAUAUUGUUCCAUCAGACCUGGGUCCAAAACAACAGCCUUAAGUUCAGCCAGCGAAUGUUUUGCUAAUGUUUGCAAAUUAUUUGAUUGGAUCCCAUAGCGGUCAUUCGGUUUACUGUGUACCGUAAAAAACAGUUUAGCGAAAUUUGGUGACAAGCGGUUGACUGAACAUAACCCUGUAUUACUGUGAAGUGUCAUUGUAAUCUGCCAAACCAGCUUAAACAAAUAUAUGGAUAGUUAAUAAAUUGUGUCCGAUUUCCAGUUAAGAUUAAAUAUGAUCAGCAAAUAAAUAAAAAUUCCAUUCAAUUUUAAAAUACUUUUUUGAACAGUAAUAGUAUUGUGUAAUAGACCAAAUUCAUUAACAGACUUGAAGGUCUGUGUUCAGUUAAAUAUGAUUAAUUUCUCCUCUCAUUUAUCUUCACUUAAUGACAUUUAUACCUUGUAGUAUAUAUAUAUAUAUAUAUAUAUAUAUAUAUAUAUAUACAGAUGAUCAAACAAAACUAUACCAAAACUGAGAGACUACUGAAGAAAACACGAAAUAUUUUGCUCGUUUAAAAAAUAAAUUAUCAUGAAAAUAGGCUUCUUAGCAUGUUGUGAACAACAUUUCAUUCCAUAAAAGCACAAACAUAUUUAACCACCAUUUCAUUUCCUUUAGCCAAAUUAUAAAAGGAAUUUAAAUAAAUUUUUCUUUGUAUAGUUUCUUUUGAACAUCUGUAUAUCAUCAUAGGACAAACAUUUUUUUUUGGUAAACAUUCUGUAUUAAUUCCGAAAGUUAUAUAACUUGUAGCAAGCCAGUAAUUCACCAGUUAUAUUUUAUGAGACAAUAAGAAGCCAAGUACAUGUAAGUACUACCCAAAUAUUCCAUGUUUAUUUUAAUACAUAAUUUUGUUAUUUGUUCAUUUACUUAAUAUAGUAAUGUUAAAAAUGUAUAUGCAUUAAAAAAAAUUGGAACACAUA